UUCGAUAUGCUCUUCUUAUCAACCUUCGGUCAACUUUCUUUUCGUUGCAACCUGGACUUCAGCAAAAAAAAUCCGGAUAUUGGUAACGUUCACAGACCCCCAUUCUCAUGUCGGCUCAUCUUAUUUUCACGCGGGACAAUGGCGACACUGCUCAUUCAAUAUGUAGCACCAAUGAAAAUUUCUGGUACAGUCUAUUCUGCAUUGGCUGCCUAGUAGCGGUAUAUACAGGAGUGUUCUUUGUCCUCAUCCGCGUCAUCUUCCUCAUCUCCUUGAUCCCCUCCUGUAUUCUGCUGUAUAGGCGAGUCAGGGUAGGCUAUGCUUCGUUUUGUCAAGGCUCCAAAGAGAAUCUUCCCAUUAUAAUCGACUUUUACCGUUACUUUUGCAUUCUCCAUCCUAUACGACGUCUCCGCGUCUAUUGCCGCUCCCACAUUUACCCUAGAUAUCGAGACCAUAUAAUGGUACCCCGAGAUUGCAUCCUUCCUCAAGAACUGUGCGAAGUCAUCAUCCACUUCUGUCAUUCCGAUCGAGAGACCCUCCUUGCUUGCAGCCUUGUCUGCAGGGCGUGGGUUCCGUCCAGUCGGUCCCUCUUGUGGACACGUGUUCACUCCGGUGACCAUGUACGAGAGUUUGUCAAACUCUUGCAGUCGCCAGAAAACACCAUCUCUCCGUACAUCCAGUCAAUCUGGCUUGAGAUGUAUACAAAGUGGGACCGACUGAUUCGAUACCAGCAUGCUCUUCGUGCCCUUGCUAAUGCCGAUGCAAUCCUGAUACGAGCAAUAAUCACCGGACAGUCGCUGGAUCCAGUGAGGGCACUACACUGUCAUUUCCCACACAUUAAGCGACUCUCGUUUAAUUACGAGGAUCUAGGAGAUAACGAGGCGACAUCUGCCGCCAACUUCAGGCGACUCCUCUGGUAUUCGAGCCUGUUCUGUCACCUCGAACGACUUUCGAUACGAUUCUUGAACCCAGGGGGCACGGACAUUCCACUGUCCUCAUUAGAAGAAUGCAAACUUCCUAUGCACUUGCGUUCACUAUCGUUGAAAUGCUGGAAUCGGGAUCUCCUGUGUUGGCUUGAGAGUCGCCACAAGACACUCAGGCUGACGACUUUCAAACUGAAGAUUGAAAAUAGUUCAUGCACGUUGGAUCCCAGUCCCAUCAACGGCAUCCUCAGAACGUGCUACACAAGUCUUCGGUCCGUCACUUUUACUGUCGUGGAGUGGGACAAUGGGUUUCUUGACCUAAGUCCCUUGGUAGAACUUCGGACAGUUGUGUUUUACGUCUACCACUUCCCUUCAGGAAUGGAAACGAUAGCUUCAUUGAAUUCGAGUCAUAUUGAAACGAUCACUAUCAUAACAAGAGAUGACGAAAGUAUGAUGAGUAAUUAUCUGGACAAUUUCAUGACUGGAAUAGGUUUCACUUUCUUGUAUGGGAGAUAUGCCCUGCGACGAUAUGUUCCAUCUACGGUCCGGAGUCGCUCUUGAUUUUGGAUAUAGCCUUAUCCGCGUUUACUUUAGGAUAUGUACCAGAUGUAAUGUAAUUCUCGACUACGACCAGAUCUGCCCUGAGGUCAAAUCAUCUGUCGUUAUCCCCUCGAAUAUCCAAAACCUCAUCCUGUAGUUCAAACUAAGGAGAGAGAAGGUACACUAGCUACUUGCCAGGGUAGACUACCUUGUUGAUGAUCAGGGACAUCACGGCCAGUGCUCGAUACUUCUACCCUAGAGGAAGCGGCGUUGUGGAGAUUUAGCAGCAUACGAGUCGUAAGAACGCCUAGAGCAGCAUGAAACGGUCUAGGAAACUAUUCGUACAUAUCCACUAUGAUGGCUUCUAGGCAACACGCACCCAUAACUGAACCUAGGAAGUUUAUCCACUCCCUGAGC